AUGGCGACGCCAAGGACGAAGAAGCCAGUCCCUUCUUGGAUUGAGAAUCCCUACCCGCAUAUUGAACACAGUCUGAUAUCCUUUCCGCGGAAACACAUCCUUCUUGUCACGAUAAACCGACCGGAGCAUAUGAAUUGUCUCCCCGUGGAGGCGACGAUAGAACUCGGUGCAUUGUGGAAAUGGUAUGAUGCCGAACCGGAGCUGCGAUGCGCCGUGUUCACGGGAGUUGGAACCAAGGCCUUUUGCGCCGGCAUGGACCUGAAGCAGAGAUUGGAUAUCAUCAAGACAAACGACGUCGCCUUUGACUACCCACCAGGUCAAUUUGCGGGCAUGAGCAAUCGGACAGGGAGGAAACCGAUCAUUGUCGCAUGCAACGGCCACGCUCACGGUGGUGGCUUUGAAGCCAUUCUCAACGCCGAUGUCAUCUUCGCUUCACCAAACGCAACAUUUCGUCUCCCCGAAGUCCUCCGCGGCGUAUCUGCCCUCGCCGGCGCAUUGCCUCGUUGCAUGAUGCUCUUUGGUAAUCACCGGACGAUGGAUCUCAUACUCACAGGCCGGACAUUAUCAGUAGAAGAGGCACGCAACUGGGGAUUGGUUAAGGAGAUUGUGCCGCAGGAGAGGCUUCUGGAGAGAACACUCGACUAUGCUAGCCAGAUCGCUGGACUGAGUCCCGACAGCGUCAUUAUCUCGCGAUUGGCGGCACGGGAAGCAUGGGAGACUGGCGUUAGCAGAGCGACUAUGCGCGGACAGGAGUUAUGGGCCGAGGCAAUGCUUCGGAGCAAGAACGCGACUGAAGGACUGGCGGCAUAUCGUGAGAAGAGAGACCCCAAGUGGUUUCCUUCGCAUCUGUAG